AGCUGGGCCCGCCGCGCGCCCCCUCCCCUCGCUUCCCCGCGCCUCGCCUCCUCCUCGCGUUCUUCUCGCCUCCUCUCCUCCGCCCGGAUCGGCUCCCGCCCGCGCCCGGGCCGCGAAUCCCAGCGCGGCCGGGACCCCUGUCUCGAGCGCUCUCGGCGGGGCCCGGCCCGGACCAGGUCCUGGUGGCCGACACCGCCCCUUCCCACGGGGCCCGGCGGGUUCCGGACCUUUCCGACUGUGGACUGAGCGGUGGGAGCAAUCUCACCCCCGGCAGACCGUGAGACUGGGCUGAGCGGACCCUCGCGGCCGCUCCGGACACCCCCGGUGCUGGAGCGCGGACAUCCUGGGUCCGUACUAAGCGCGUCCCGGGCUCCCAGCGGUGCCAGCUGACUCCGGCAGGGCCGGGCAGACCCCCGCGAAGCCCGCCGAUCUGGACUGGACAGAGCGAACCCCUGACAGUGCCCAGCCUGGGGAAUGCGGGGCGUGGGCUGAGGGGAGCCCGGCGCCCUCCGAUCGCUCCGACUUUGGCUCACGCGCUGGGACUGGCCUGGUGUCGCCUCGGUCGCCCUGAGCCCGGGUCACCUGUGGCCUGGGAGAUCCGAGGCCGCCGGACCCCCGCUCCUUCCCCACAAGCGGGGGUUGGGGGAGAUAUUUUCUGUCCCCCAUCCUUGGAGCACGGAGGCCCCGCCCCCUCCCACCACCCUGAUGUCUCCCGCGGCUCUAAGGACCUCCCUGAGGCCUGGGGCCGAUGGGUCCAGAGAGAGAAGCCCACCCUAGGGAGCCUUGGGGGCCCCCCAACCUCGUCUUGGGGCUUGGCCCCCGACGCUGCUCGGAUGGAAGGCCUGUGCCCCCACCCUCGCCCAGUGACGACCCCAGCAGCGGUGGCGAACGGGAGAGGAUUCGACAGCGCAUGAAGAUGGUCAUCGGACAGCUUGAGGGCAUACUGCGGGAGCUCAAGGAGGUGGCCAAGGAGCUCCGGGAGGUGGUGAGCCAGAUCGAUAAACUAACCUCGGACUUCGACUUUGAACUGGAGCCAGAUGACUGGACCACGGCCACUGUGAGCAGCACCUCCAGCAGUGACAAGGCAGGUGUGGGCGGCCCCUUUGACCUGGGCCACUUGGACUUCAUGACAGCUGACAUCCUCUCGGACAGCUGGGAGUUCUGCUCCUUCUUGGACGUCUCCACCCCCUCGGACUCCGUGGAUUGCCCCGAGUCCACCCGGCCAGGCGCCGGCCCUGACUACCGGCUCAUGAACGGCGGCAUGCCCAUUCCCAAUGGGCCCCGGGUGGAGACCCCGGACUCUUCCAGUGAGGAGGCCUUCAGCACUGGUCCUGCCAAGGGUCAGCUGCCCCAGCGGACCCCGGGCACACGGGAGAGGGUGCGGUUCAGUGACAAAGUGCUCUACCAUGCCCUGUGCUGUGACGAUGAGGAGGGGGAGGAAGAGGGAGAAGUGGAGGAGGAAGAGGUGGGUCUGCCCCCGGAGCCUCCCCGCUCAGAGGCCCACGCAGGUCCCCUAAAGGCCUCUCCAGCACCCUUCAAGUCAAGGCGCUCUCCACUGACUGGCCGCCACUCGGGCCCCACCUUGGCCCACGAGCAGACCCGAAGGGUCACAAGGAACAGCAGCACCCAAACGGUGUCAGACAAGAGCACGCAGACAGUGCUGCCCUACACAUCUACCAGACAGAAAGCGAAGGGCAAAAACUAGGGGCUGGGGAGGGGCUGGGGGAUGUGGGUAAAUAGACCUAUAAAUAUAUA